UGCAUUUCAGUGACGCAAUUUCUUUGCGACACACAACUGAGAAAAUGUGAGCCAUUUCGUCUCUUUACUCGAUUUUUAGAGCAAUUUGCAUUGUCUCAAGUAUUGUGUUAACAAGCCUUGUUUUUUUCUCAGACAAGAGAUAACAUGCUCGGCUUUAAGCAUAAUAAACUUAAUGCAAAUGGUGAAAUAGUCAAAAAGACACAACCCUAGCUUCACCGUUUCCACGGCGACGUGGUCAAACAAACACCCUGCAGGCCUAGUUGCAGAAAUUGGUUCCCACUAGAUAGCAGCCACAAAAUCAAAAUUGGCCAAAUCGUAAAAGUGAAGGAAAAGAAAAUGUGCUUUUUGGUCUUAAAUUAAGGUCAGCGGUUAGGUUUAAACAUCACAUAUUAAUAAGAUAAAUUGUAUAAAUGUGCGGGGUUUAUGACUUUAACUAGUGACGCCCACAGAAACCAGACAGCUAUUAGCUAAACUAACCCCAGUUGUUCUAUGUAGCUUUUAAUAAAAUAACAAAUAUGGAGUUCACAGGUAGCAGUUACACUGGAAGCUUCAAGAAUGGCAGGAUGGAGGGAGAAGGAGAGUAUAAAUUCCCCACAGAGACCAGAUAUGUUGGGGAGAUGAAGAAUGGCAUGUUCCAUGGAAAAGGUGUACUCAAUUUCCCAAAUGGAAGCAUAUAUGAAGGAACUUGGGAGAAAGGAAUAUCCAAACAGGGAAAGUAUACUUUCUCUGAUGGACUGGAGUACCAAGAGAAGGACUGGGAGUUUUGUGAUGGCUAUGACAGACAGUUCUACACUGAGAGGUGCAAUGGACUCAAACCUGCAGGGGAGCCUCAGCUGACAGACUCAUUGCGUGUCAUACCAGAUGGCUGCUAUGACUGUGGGGAUGGAUUCUAUGACCCCAACGCCAGGGUCAUCACUGACUAUGAGCAUCACUUUCUCAGAAACGCAGAAGCUCGAAUUGAAUGACAAUGAUAUGCUGCUUCCAGUCCAGAGGCGUUUCCCCCGUCUCCCUUGAUUAUAGGUUUAAACGUUUUUUUAUGAACUAGGCUAUUAGAAUAGGUUAUUUGUUUAUACUAGACUUGUAGUUCUUAGAGGAAUUGACUGUUUAAAAAUAGUUUUAAAAGGUUGUUGCCUUAUUCUGACCCUAUUAUUAUUAUUCUGACCUUAUUUCUAUUUUCCUGCAGAUGACUAUGAACAUGAGUGGAUUGUGUCCACUUGUCGGAAGAGCUGGGACGAGAUCGUUGGACAUUCACCUGAAAAACUAGGCCACAUUUCAGAACUGGACAUUGAGUUGCAGGCUUGAGCGGAAAAAAUAAAUAAAAGGCAGCUCAUUUAUGGAAUGUUCAACAGUGGUGCAUACAGGCCUACCUGUGAAUUAUAUUUCGUGAAAUCUGAAAAAUCCUACAUGUUCGUUUUUAUUUUAAAUAGGUUUAAUUUGACCAGAUACAUAAAAACAAAAUAGGUAAGCCUAUUUCAGAUGCACAAAAACACAGUGAAGCACAUGUGAGCUACUGAAAUGAAAUAUGUGGGGGAAGUCAUGCUAGAAGAAUACACUCAUUUAGUCAAACAUUUUCAUGCAGCCUGAGAGAACCCCCCCCCUCACCAAUCCUUGAUUUCUAACUUGUAAACCCUUUUGUUUACUUGUAAUGUUUUGUCCUUAAAUGUCCCUGCUCUGCUCUCUCUGCAUGGUGCUGAAAUGACUGUACUACCAGUGCAGGCCAAUGUAAUCAGUGUCAAAUUGUUCUCUCAAGUGUCCUCGAAGAAUCAGCAGCUUAAUGGAUGCAAAUGAACAUGAAAUAUGACUCCCUCUUAUAUAGGCUAUGCAAGAUAUCCAUCAGCACAAUAUACUGUUUCCGAUAGGCUUCGUUUCAGUCAGGCUUCUAUUUAGGUGCCUUACUAUAUUUCUCAAUAUAAGGCUUUGGAUCCAGUAAUUGCAUUUUCUACUAUAAUGUUGUGCUGUAGUGUUUUUGCCCAGACAGACAAGCGUAUAUUUGCGAGUGGGACGUUUUAGUCUGUCUCGGCUAAAGCUGCCCUUUGAAACAGGACCUAGGUUAGAGGAUCAAUCUCACGAUGCAGCCUGACAGUGGCUUCCUGUCUGUGAUGGCGCUCAGCUGGGCUUGCCGGACGAAUCAGCUGCAGAGUGGUGGAGAAGAAGAGGGGAGGAGAUGAGUCAUUACUGCGCACACUGACCCAUGAAGAACCCGCCAGCUCAGCCAUCGGCCUGUGAUUGCUUCCUGCCCAGCGCCGGGCACACACACUUUUACACACAGACACACAAAUUGACACACCGAGACAUGCAAGUAUGCACACACACAACCAGGUACGCACCGGACAUACCAUAAUACUUCAAAUAAUAGCCCGGCCGUUUAUUUGCUUUUCAAUCACUGAACACAACCGCCAGGUGUCUAUUUCCUUAAUGCACACAGCUUUUGCUCAGAAAAAUGUGAAGUCUACCAUACUGUUUAUUGUGACCGGUAUAAACAUUAUAAUAACACACCCAUUGCCCUUUAUCUACUUUUGAGCACUCUCAAUGGUGCUCAAUAAAGUUAACUCGUGAACAAUAACAUGUAUUUGAAACAGGCGUUUAUUUGUUGACAACGUGUGCCGAUUAUUGGCUAUUAAAUGAGACAGGCGGCUAUUUGAGACUGGAAAUGCACACACACCAGAAUGACCUGCAGAGGCUUACGGUGCCUUCGGAAAGUAUUCAAACCCCUUGGCCUUUUCCACAUUUUGUUACAUUACAGCCUUAUUCUAAAAUUGAUGAAAUAGUUUUUU